UGUGAUAAGCGCGAGCUUUGCCAGUGGAGUGGCACGUACGUGCAGUCCUCCACGAACACAGCCUACGCUCCUCUGAUGAUUUGAUAUCGGACUGCUAAUCCAUCCUUCCACCAACGCACUCGCAAAUGGCUCCCUACAGUUCUUCUGAUAAGACUAGAAGAUAGGGAAGUAAGAAGAAGACGCUUAAAUUGCAAAACCUGGCCGGCUGGCCAGAGCCUAGGAAGGGGACCGGCACCUACCUGAACCGUCUGAUUUUUGACAAUUUAGCUCAGUUGCAUUUAUUCGCACUGAGAAAUACCAACAAAACAUGCUCGGUCAGGAUCGGUACUUGGCAACCUUGAUACUUUGAGGUGGUAAUUUUCUUCCUUCACUUCCGUUAUUAGGCUGAACUAUAAUGUAAUAAUAGCUUUACUUUUGUUGUACGAAUUUUUCGCUAAUUAUUUGGAACAAAGAAACUCGGUUUUUGUCAUGUUUCCAUUAUAUAGGGUUAACUAUCGGCCUUUGCCACCGCAGAAUUAUGUCGUGACUCACGAAAGUUAACACGGUUAUAUAAUUAUUAUCCGUGAUUUUCUUAGGUAGUUGUGAGGGUACAAAACAAGGGAGUAUCUCUUAAUACUUUGAAGGAACCUUCUCCAGAAUGCUAGGAUUUUAACUGUAUAGUUUAAGUAUACCACAGAUUUUCAGGUAAUUGUAGGACGUUUUCAAGCAUUAAAACCGGAAGGUAAGUGGCUGAAGGACUGUAUCUUGCCUUGAAGGGAAGUUAUAGAGCUUGGUAAUCUAAUAUUUUGAACACGAUGAUUUAAUGCUGUUUGCUUGUGUGGCCAUUAUUUGAGAAGGAAUGGAGAUUUCUGUCACCAGUGUGGUUGCUUAAAGUCGCACCCGGUUGGGUUUUUGGAAUAUAGUGAAGUAUACGUAAAAAGAAUUUAUACUAAUUAAAGUAUUUCCCCAUUUAUUGCCCAUCUUUCUGCUUUUGUGCCUGUCUUUCUAUGGCAUCCUUCGAUGUGGUCGACACUGAAUUAAUCCCUGAGUUUCAGAGAGGACUACCUCAUGCGUGUUGAUUUUAAGAAGAACGUUUGGUACAAGCUUCUGGUUUUUUAAAUAUGAUCUCAGAUUCUCAAAUAAAAUAGUUUAAAUUCACCUUCUUCUUUGUCAUUCAUUUUAAGUUAUGCUUCCUCUUCAUUUCCUUGUUUUAGUCUUACUUGCUCUUUCUAAGCCUUUUGGCUCAGUUGUAGUAUCUGUUCUUGUCAAUGAAUAAACUAUGACCACCAAUUCUUGUGAUGCAAUUGGACUUUGUAUACACUUUUUAUUUUGUUGUGACCAACUAAUUUGAUCCUAAAUGCCAGUCAAUGCUCUUAUUAAUUACUGAUAGGAGAAAGGUGCAUGAGACAUUGCCCCAGCCAUUUGUAAUUGAUGGAGUGGAAUGCAAGAUCCCCUUUACAAUGGGAUUGGGAGAACCUAACUGUACUUAAUCCCAGAAUUGCUGAACAGGGUGAUUUGUUUCAUUCAACUAAUUUUCAAACUAAACAAGUAAUAAACUUUGGAUCUUCCGGGGAUGAUAGGAGGACUGGUCGUCCUUCUUUUGAGACGGGGCAAAAAUCUCCAGAAAGCUCAAAAUCAGUUUCCAUAAAUUCUUUGUCAAUUGAGGAAAGUAGAACAACCAAAUUUACACUUGAGGGGUUUGAGGCCACUUUAGAAGAUAUUGGCGAUAAAAACGAAUUUGUUGAGGACGAAGUGGCCAACACAUAUGCAAAACCUGAGACUUCAACUUGCUCCUGCGAGCCAAUGCUGAGUCUGAAGCUUGGUAAGCAGGCGUACUUUGAAGAUUCUAGUGCUGGAAAUCUUACAAAGCCAUCUUUUUCCAUGAUGGCAUCACGAGCUACUCGAAAGAGGUGCCAGAAUACAACAUCUCCUCACUGCCAAGUUGAAGGUUGUAACAUAGAUCUUUCAAGUGUUAAGGAUUACUAUCGCAAACAUAGAGUUUGUGAAAGUCACUCCAAAUCUCCUAAGGUCAUCAUUGGAGGCUUAGAGCGUCGGUUUUGUCAACAAUGUAGUAGGUUUCAUGGCACAUCUGAAUUUGAUGAGAAGAAACGAAGCUGUCGUAGGCGUCUUUCUAAUCACAAUGCUCGACGUCGUAAGCCACAGUCGAAAGUGAUCAGUUUGAAUCCAGCAAGGCUGUCUUCUUGGGAUUUUGAGAGGCAACAGAUUGACAUUUUCUCAGACAAAUUAUCGCUCAUCUAUCCUAGACCUCAUGCAAAUUCAACAUGGGAAUCUACAUUCAGCUCCAGACACUCACAACGUAGCAAAUAUGUAUUAAAGCCUGAAAAGGCAUGUGGUUCAACGGGGCAGCUAAACGUAUCUGGUGAUGAAAUGAGUUUUAUGCAUGCUAUGCCUCACCACCAUUCCGGUAAGCUUGCUCCCUCCAAUGGAGCUGCGACUAAGGUUCUUGAUGCAGCACAGGAUCUUCAACGUGCUCUCUCUCUUCUGUCAACUGAUUUAAGAGGUUCGUGUGAGGCAAAAUUGAUUUCACCCAACAACCCUAAUCGUCUUGGUAGCCCCAAUUGUACAAACCAAACCGGCAUGUCGCAGUCGCCAAUGAAUCCGGCAAUUCAGAGUUUGCCGUUUGCUUCAGUAGAUUCAGAAUGCUGGUGCAGUGAACAGCAAUCCGUCGAACCGCAGAUGCAAAUCUACCAUCCAGCUCUUCAAAUCGCCUUGCGAGAUUGAGAUGUACUCGAACCAGUUAAGUUGAUGGUUCUGGGUCAUGGUGACCACUGCUGCAACCUCAAGUUAAGGUCAGCCAACUCCUCUGCAGUCUUUUCAUUCAUGGUUUCCACUUAGAUUAAUUAUCCUGCCUGCGCUGCCAAUGCGAAAACUUCUUUACCUAAAACGGAUUGAGACCCCUUUUUCUUGCUUUUUGACUGUUAUUCUUUUGUGCCGAGCGUUAUAUUUUCCCGAGUUCUGUUUCCUUCUAUAUCAUGUCCAAUACCCCAUCCGACGACGCAAUUCACCCUAAAGUAUUGUCCCACGCGACAGCGCUAUUUUCAGCCUAGAAAAAUAUGCCAUCUUUUCGUAAGGUUGUUGAAUUGUUUUCAUUUUUAAUUCAUUCAUUAGAAAGAGAGAUCAUAGUAGCGGAUUUUCUAGCCUCAUAUCUUCCCAUUUUCUGUCGAUCUACUUUAGUUCCCGAAGUGGACAUUAUCACCCGUUCACUGUCCUAUAAACUUUGCAUGGUAGUUUUGCAGGCUAUCUGGAUUUUGCACGUUUCCCCUCCUUCCCCUUGACUAAGAAAUUGUAGUUUAGGACUCUAUAACUCAACCUAUUGCAGAUUUAUUUCAUUGCCAUUUCUCAUACAACCCCCUCAAAGAGAAGCUAAAUGCCUCAUUUGAUAUGGUCUUUUUAGUUUUUGAUUCUUUGUUUUUCAGAACUGGAAUGUGUACUGAAUUUGUUUCGUGACAUGUUAUUUCUUAUUUCUCGUUUUCAAUUUUAAUUUAAGCGUUUGACAA